AUGCCGUCAGCACCGAAUGCCGAUCUGUUCCUGAACGUUGACAAAUGGCGCUCUGCUGAGCCACAGCUGUCUUCCAUUGUGGCCCAGCGACAGCCUAGCGACAUCAUGGACGGCAGGUGGGGAAGUCGUUUCGUUGUGCUCAUUGCGCUGCCGUACCGUCCCCAGCUCGACAUGUCCUAUAAGCUAGCAACGAAGCGUGCCCUCGAGGUCGAUGCCCUCUCGCCAAUGGACGCAAAUGCCCAACGACUACCGCCCAAAGCUACCGAGCUGAAACCUAGGGCCGCGCCUGUCAAGGCGAAGAACAAGGACCACCCGCCACCGCCUCCUGCUGAGGUUCCAGAGCCUCCAAGCUCUGACAGACCCAAUGGAGCGACCUACACCGUGGGAAAGAUGCUGGGCAAGGGCGGGUUCGCCAUCUGCUACGAAGGCCAAUUACAGCCCACCCGGCAACGAUUCGCCCUGAAGAUGGUGAAGAAGCAGAUGCCCUCAAAGAUGGAGUCUAAGAUCCACUCCAAGAUGAAGCACAAGAACAUUGUGCAAUUCUUUCGAGCCUUCUCCUUCAACGAAUGCACGUUUCUGACCCUCGAGCUGUGUCCUAAUGGCUCGUUGAUGGACAUGGUGAAGCGACGAAAGGGUCUCACAGAGGCAGAGGUCCGAUUCUACUCGGUCCAGAUUGCCGGUGCCAUCAAGUACAUGCAUGCCAAGGGAGUCAUCCAUCGCGACUUGAAAAUGGGCAACAUCUUUCUCGACGCAGGGAUGAACGCAAAGAUUGGUGACUUUGGUCUCGCAGCACUUCUGGUUACCGGCAAGGACAUGCAGACCAUUCGCCGGACGACGCUCUGCGGCACCCCUAACUACAUCGCCCCGGAGAUUUUGGAGAAGGGCAGGACAGGUCAUGAUCAUAGUGUCGAUUUAUGGAGCUUGGGCGUCAUUGUCUUCGCCAUGUUGACGUCGAAACCACCAUUUCAAUCGACGACUACUGACGAGAUUUACCGAAGGGCGAGGGAGUUGGACUAUGAGUGGCCCAGCAACAACAGCGGGCAGUGCUUCACAAGCGACGAAAUCAAGGACCUUGUUGCUACCAUGCUUCAAGAUCCCAAAUACCGAUUGUCGCCUGACGAAUUCAUCGAGCACCCUUUCUUCACAUCCGGGUACAUGCCCUCAGAAGCGGAAAUGACACCUCGCCUGCGCGAACUACCACCGGACAAGCAGGAGUUCUACAUGACUCGGCUCACCUCUUCUUCUGCGCAGAGGGCCAGUGACGAGAACUUUGUCACAAUGUGCCGAGAAUGUUACGUUGGACCCCUCGGCGAAGCGGGCACGCUUUAUGCACAAGUCUGGAAAGAAAUGGCUGCCGAGGAAAAGGCUGGUUUAACUCCGAUGAUUCCGUUGGCAGACGAGAUUGUCUACAGACCUUUUGACGAAUGGCUUGAGGAGCAGCAGCAGGACUCUACUUUGAAGCUCAAAUUAGCAGGCUCCAUUCGCAGUCACGCCCGCGCUCAGCGCGACCCGGGCGAGAGCUCUUCCCAAAAGGCCCCCACUGGUCUGCUCAGGCAGCCGCCUCAGAGCUUUGCAGCUCAGCAAAGGGCGCAGGGUCGUCCACUGCCAAGUCGAGCUAUUCCCAGUCGCCCGGCAGCGACUGCAGCUGCAGCUCCGAAGACAAGAGCUGCAGUGGACAGCGCCGAUGCAGAAUCAGGCACUCAGACUGUCCGACAGCGUGUGCGGAGAGAGGUUGUUCGGGAGGCACCUCUGGCAAGCGUGGCAGUGACAAAUUCGAAAGCAGAGAGUGCACUUGAGCCUAGGACGGGUGCCAGGACUGUGCGAGAGAGAACGAGAGAGCCACGACAGAUGCCAAUGGACCCUACUUCAAAGGUCUCUGAGAAAGGGUCACUUGCGUCUUCCAUGUCUUCCAUGGCUUCGUCCACUUCUCACCGCCGGCAAAAGUCCAACUCCAUGCAAAUGGGCUCCCUUUUCAGCCCUACCGAGCGCCAAGCGCCUCUUCGUGGAUCCGAACCCGAUGCCAUUCUGGAUCGUUUGAGGAGACUGCAAACGGAGAUGGAGAGGGCUCUCAACGCUCGAUCCAUGGCAUUUGUCAAUUCCAAGCAAAAGUCGGUGCCUUUGCCGCAUAUCGUUGUGAAGUGGGUUGAUUACACGAACAAAUUCGGUCUCGGCUACAUUUUGAACGACGGUGCUGUAGGUUGCAUCUUGCGAGACAUUCCUGCAACUGAGGGCACCAAGACAGUGAUGCUCCCCCCAGCGGGCAUCACUGUGAAGAAUGGUGAAAGGCACCUUCAUCGCCGGCACGACCGGGAGUACGCAGACCGAUACCAGCCGGUCCCCAUGUCGGAGCCCAUCAAAUUCUUUGAGAACAAGGGUGAAGCAGGGCUAUCCGAGGUCGAGGUUUCAUCGCAGGCUUUCAGAGUGACGAUAAAUGCAGACGGCACAGUCGGCAAGAUGAACCCCGGCACGGACCUCUUUCAGCACCGAAAGCGCGAGAGGAUCAUUCUGUGGAAGAAGUUCGCCAACUACAUGAUGGCCAACGGAAGGGAGGAUGCAGGUGAGGGCGCAGAGAGCGCCAUGCCACCUGGUGAGGCUGGGCCCGGCGCAGACGUGGUCACCUUCUAUCAGAGGUUUGGCGACGUUGGCUGUUGGGUCUAUGGCGAUGGGCACAUGCAGUUCAACUUCCCGGAUCACACCAAGAUUGCGAUCGAUGCCACUGGCACCUGGUGCCACUUCUGGCAUCUCCCCGAGGGAACAGCCAACAGACUAGCCGCUGACGGCGAAAUGGAAGCUAGUGAACUGGAUAACAGAGGCAUGCUCUCUUACCCUCUACAAACGAUGCUCAACUUCCACUCAAGGUCCUCGGCACGUUCCACUACGCGCCAGCGACCGGUCAUUGGAGCCGACGAGAUCAACAUCCCCACGUCAAACGAUUUUCGUCGCAAAGUCGAGUUCAUCAAGAAUGUUGUCAAGGAGUGGGUGAACAACGGUGGCAUGGGCAACAGCUCCAUGGAUAGAGCCACCCGCCAACGUUGGACGGGCCACCGUGAGCGAACCAGCUCAUCCGAACUGCUCAAGCACGUAUGGGUGACUGUGGGUGCGCGAUGGGGUGACCAGCGUCUCACUACUCUCUUUGACCCCCGCAAGCCAUGGGACCUGGGCGAGGAUAUCGAGACCUCAAGUAGUAGAAGAUGA